AUGAAUACUUGGGGUAUGAUUAUUUCUUUCGGCGCGUUCCAGACCUACUACGUCUCGAAUCUGCAUCGUUCACGCUCCGACAUCUCAUGGGUCGGCUCCUUGCCCGUAUUCUUCCUCUUUUUCACAGGAAUCAUCAGCGGUCGCCUUACAGAUGCCGGCUACUUUCGCAUCACGACGAUUAUUGGCGCGUUUCUCGUCGUUUUUGGGACUUUCAUGACUUCUCUAAGUCGAACGUACUGGCAAAUUCUUCUUGCUCGAGGGUUAUGUACCGGCCUCGGGAAUGGACUUCUUCUUACCCCAAUGAUGACCCUUAUCACCACGUACUUCAAGAGAAGGCUGCCGCUUGUCAUUGGAAUUGCUGCUUGUGGGAGCACAACAGGAGGUCUUAUCUACCCAAGUAUGGCGAGAACGUUACUACCAACAAUCGGUUUGGGAUGGACUAUGAGAGCGAUGGGCUUCAUACAGCUGGGUACUUUUGCUAUUUCAUUAGUGUGCGGUGUGCCGAGGCAGUCGCCUAGAAAGUCUGGCCCCACUAUAGAUUGGUCGGUGUUUAGGGAGGCAGCAUUCACCCUUUAUCUUCUUGGAGCGUUUCUGGCUUUCCUGGGUGCCUUUUUCCCAUUCUUCUUCCUUAGUUCCUAUGCACGAGAGAAACAAGGGCUAUCAUACAUAGACUCUUUGAACCUCACGCUUGUUCUGAAUGGUAUCGGCUUUACAGCCCGUCUUAUCCCAAGCUUCAUUGCCAGAUACGAUGGGACCAUGAAUGUGUUCAUAGCAUUCUUGUUUUCAUCUGCUCUAUGUAUGUAUACUUGGAUCCCAGUCUAUUCGACUCCAGGGCUUUACAUCUGGACUGUAGAAUACAGUCUGUCUGUAGGUGGGGUUCAGUCACUUUUCCUGGCCGUGGUAACUAUCAUCAACUCCGACAUGUCAAAAGUUGGAGCGCGGCUCGGAAUAAUUUCUGCUGGUGUCGGAAUUGGAGCUAUACUUGGAUGGCCGAUCUCGGGUGCUAUGAUCUCCGCAAGUGGAGGCUCCUAUGUUGGUGCACAAAUCUUUUCGGGAAGCACCUUGGUUGUUGGAGGCUUGUUGGUACUUGCUUCGCGCGAGAUGAAGAGAGGUCAUGACGGACAGGGCUUCUGGAUGAAACUGUGA